AGUUAGGGGGAGAGUCUAAGUGGUGAGGAGUGGAACCGUCACUUGGUUGUGCGUCUAUCACCAUGGUUGACACGCAUACAAGAACAAGCACCUCCACUUACACAGCAGAACAGGAGGCGAAAGCCGCCGCCAUCCUGAAAGAGAGAAGAGAGAAGGAGGCCAAGAAGAAGGCCUUGCUGGAAGAACUAGCAGCGAAGAAGAAGAAGAUUGAGGAAAAGAUGGUGAGAGAAAUGGAGAGGUUGCAAAAGGAGGAAGAAAAACUCCAAGCGGUAGAGGCAGAAGAAGAGGUAGAAGAAAAGCCACUGGAGAGGAGAAGGACAAGAGAAAGAGCAGGACCCAGAGGUGCGAAGGAAGAUCCGCUGGAGAAGAAGAUUACGAAAUGGGUGGCCAAUCUUUCCCUGGGAGAAGAGGAGGCGGCAUCGAUAUAUGUAACCAGGGAAGAGCAGGAGGCGUCCAUGAAAGAGUGGGAUGCAGAGGAAGAUCGACGGUCACACGCACAAGUCUCCGACCUGCACAAGAAGAUCUCCUGGGACGAUAUGACGAAGGAAUGGAAGAAGAGGUUCAUUGUGAACGACGCACCCGCGCUCACCAUCAACCGCCUCUUCGCCACGACUCAAGGCAACACACCAACACGCGAUUGCCUCACAGAAUGGCAAAAGUUUGUGGCAACACCCGAUCUCGAGCUGCCAUUUUCGCAUCUGCGUCGGGAGUUCUACAACCAGUCGUGCGGCACCUUGAGCCUCGAGCUCGGUGACCGAGAACAGUACACGACCUUCGCGGAAAUUAUCCACAAGGCGCGGGAGAUCAUCAAGACCAACCGGGCAGCUGCACAAGAGAAGUCAGCGUGGCAGCCAACCCAUGUGGAGAAAGGAAAAUUGGGUCCGUGUCCGCAGCCCGUCGCUGCGGCAGCCACCCCGGCAUCACGUGGGGGAGAUCAGGUGGCCGCUGUCCAGCCGAGAAGCAACAACAACUCCCGUGGAAAAGAGAAGGCGAAAAUUGCAUCGCCGGCCGGAAAUGGACAGCCAUACCAUGGGUCAAGUUCAACUUGACAGAGGCCGAAUACAAGUACCGCAGCCGAUACGGCUGCUGCUAUUGGUGGAACAGCACCAGGCACAAGACCUCCCAAUGC